GACGGUAACACUCUUGUUCUUUAGAUUUUGUUGUAAGAGCUUUUACGUCAAAAAACUCGUCCUUAAAGAGAAUUUUCCGAAAAUUGAUGACGAAAAAAUGGCCGCAAAGAAUUCAGUCGACAGUGUUCAGUUUCCGGAGGGAAAAGGAAACUGUGUCCUCUGCGCAGCCGUAGCGGAGAGGAUUUGCCAGAGAUGCGGGGACUUUUACUGCUCCAAGGACUGUCAGCUGAAGGAUUGGCCACGUCACCGCUAUAUCUGCUUUCCGCUGCCCGCUUUGGUUCAUCCCAAGUCAUAUUCGGUGCUCUUGAGCGUCGAGGAAUUAUCGCUGGAGGGAGCAUGUGCGGUUAGCGCUGAUAAAUGCGUAGUUGGGGCAGCUCCAGCCCCCGUUCCAAUCAUAGUUCCUGAUAUUAUGAAUCAUAAUAUCGGCAGUAAUAUCAGCAGUACCAGCAACAUUGCUCCCAAAAAUAGUGUUCCGGCACCGAUUCCCACUCCCCUACUUCCAAUUCCGAAUAUCGUCUCAAGUAACAGCGGCAACAAAGCGAAAAACAAAAUUACUUCCCCGCCAAAUGCGAUCAUGCCGCCCAGCAAUAGCCUGGUAUACAUCACCGGAUUCCGAUCCGCGAAUCGAUGCAAUAUACGCGAUGCCAGCGAAGCUGCUGACAAGGCAUUUGCCCAAGUGUGCGAGAAGAUAAAUGCUAUGGGAAAUGAGAUGCCUAAGAUGGUAAAGCCACGUUCUGGCUUCUGCCUCGCUCGUCACAAUGGAAUGUUCCAGCGGGCCAAAAUGAUAAACCCCUUAGCGAGUCACUAUGCUCGCUUAUUAUUCAUCGAUCAUGGAGUCACAAAGUCAAGAACUGUUUCAGAUAUGCGAGAGAUAAAUGAUGAACUUCUAUCGCUUCCGUGUCUCAGUCUGCCGGUGCAGCUUAAGGAUGUGGCCAACUUUACCAUCACUGACGAUGUCAUUGCAUUCGUGUCCCAAUUUGAGGGUGAAAUGUUUGUAGCAGUCCAUAAAAAAACACCUGGAUGCAUUUAUGUGGAACUGCUGGACCCGGUUUCGAAAAUGUCGCUUAAUGACAAGAUACGCGAAUUCUGCUCCAAUAAAGAGGUGUUUGAAAACCCUUUUAAUAAAAAGAAAGACGUUCCAAAUCAGCAGAAUUCCCAAAAGACACCAGAAUCUAAUAAACUCAAACAAUCGAUUCCUUAUCCAUCCAUAUCUGGGUCUCAAACUACGACUAUUAUGCCCCAGCAAUCUGUAAAAAAAAUUGAAGCUGAUGUUAAAAAUCAGAGUGAAUCAGUAAUAGAUUUCCAGGAAUCCUUAAAAAAACUGGAGCCUGAAAAUAUGAAUCUUGAGGAAAUAAAUCUUACCAAUGUGGAAAAAUGUAUAAAGUCCUCUCAAACUAAUGUAAAUUUUGAAGUUUGCAAAACAGAUUUUCAAAGAGCAGAAAAAGAUUCCCAGGAAUCCUUGAAAAAACUGGAGGCUGAAGCUAUGAAAGAAAAAUUCCUUACCACUGAUCAGGAAUCAAUUAAAUCCUAUCAAACUAAAAUAAAUUCUGAUGUCCUCAAAAACGAUCCAUCAAAAACAGAGUGUCAAACAGCCGAAAUGGAGUCCCAAGAGUCCUUAAAAGGUCUGGAGGCUAAAGAUAAGAAUCAAGAAGUAAUAAUUCCUACCGGUGACGAUAAUGUAAAGAUCAAUGAUCCAAGUGAACUUUUCAGCAAGUUUUUCCGCACUUAUGUGAAUGCAAACGAUAUUCACGAGCAGGAUGAGAAAAAACUAAGUCCAAGAGAAAUAUUUGCUGAAUUUUUACGUUCCCACGCGAAAAGUAAGGAUGUAAAAGACUCGCAAAUAUCCAAUUUUUCUCAGGAAUUAAAUCCUCAAAAAGAAAAGGUUGGGAAACCUAACGAAAUUACAAAUAUUAUAAUUGAAGACCCAAUCAAAUCUAACCAAGUUGAAAAUGAAGAAAUUGCUAACUUUAAAUCCAAUCUUGGUUCAAAGGAUAAUGAGAUGCCUAAAGAAGAUGAUAAACAAACUGUCGCUAAGCAAGAGAUUCAAACUGCCCCUAAAACUUUUUCAAAGUCAAGAGAUGAAGAAGUUAAAGAUUUUUUAACACAAUGUCUAGCAUCAAAAAAUACUUUGCUAAGUGAUAAUGCUACUCCUUUGAAAUUUCCAAAACUCAAAGAAAAGUUGGAUUUGCUAUCUAUCUCUAAAAAAAGUUCCCAAGAAAAUGGGAUGGUAAUGCCCAAAAACCAGCCUCUGGUGCCUCCUUUUGAUUUGGUGUCCAUCUCUAAAAAAAGUUGCGAAGAAAAUGGGAUGGUAAUGCCGAAAAACCAGCCUUUGUUGAACCCUCCUUUUGAGCUCCGUCACUUCUCAAUAGAAAGUAAAGAUGGUAUCGAUGUUUUCGUUGUCGACAAUUCGAAAAUCAGUCGCGGUAUUUUAGGGGCAUUUGACAGCUCCUACGCCUAUGAAUUUUCCACCUUGCACUCUCGCCUAUCGGAAAUUACAAAUUCGGAGCCUUAUAAACCAGUCGCAAAGGAAUAUGUGCUUGCCCGAUUCGAGGGUUCCUGGUAUCGUGGUAGAGUGGAGCAGAUUAUCACUACCAAGUCGCAGACUGAGUACCGUGUGCAGUACAUAGAUUACACCAAUGUGGAGGAUAUUACCGAACAGGACAUUCGUCGCUAUCCAUUGAACUUUACAACUCCUUGUAACACAAACCUUUGCGUCAUUCAAGACUUUCCACAUAAACCAAAUCCAGCUCAGAUUUCUUAUUUAUCGGAGGUCUUGAAGGUUCACCAAUUAGUCCAUGUUGAUGAUGUUAACUACCUGAACAAUAUAGCCAUGAUCACAUCGCGAUCCCUUAUCAACAAAUUGAUGACCUUGUAAUCCAAGUUGAACAGCAUUUAAUGCAUUUAAACUCGUAAACAUUUGCAAUUGAGCGAUAGGUUGAACCACUAUGCCUAAUACAAAGCUAUUCCAAAAUUUUUGACCCAACCAAAUAAGCCUUACGUUUGAAAUCAUUUUAAAAACAUUUAUAUAUAAAUAAAAUUCAAUUAAAUAACAACGUUAAAA